AUGUCGGGUGGAUCUGCUAUGGCCGCGACGGCGAUAGAAGAGCCGCUUUCUACGGCUACAGUAGUGCCUGAAGUUACACCGGACCUUGCCGAAAUCCUUCGAGUGAUGCUUGCAAUAGCUCUCCUCUUCAAGACAACUGCAGCUUCCCCCUCAACAUCUGCUCUGCAAACAACUGUGGCUACCCCUUCUGCUUUCCGGGAGGAGGGACGGCUCGACAGGGAGGAAAGCAUUUUCUCGGCUGACCAUAGCAGGGAAGAGAGGUCACAGGCUAAGCCAUCUAAAUCCGUUGCGGCUACAGCGUCUACUGUAUACGUGGUUUCUACAGUGUUCACUCCUAACCCAUCGACGGAGCCUGUCGCGGUUCCGCUAUCUACUGUACUGUUGAUUUCCACAGUUUUUGCUUCUUCUGCACCCACGAACAGCCCUAUCUUCCAUUAUCUUGGCCCGGGCGAAAGCUGCUUCUGGAGUGCGACCUUUGCAGUUGGUCUACCUCCAGCUGGACAAUAUCAAAUCUACCCCGUUACAACUUGGGACGACAGUAUUAGCACUGCGAGUGGUUUGAGUCUUCAAAUUCUUGUCGCAUGA